AUGGUUCGUGGAAAUGGUCGUGGAGGCCGAGGGAUGGGUGUACGCGGUGGUAUGGGACGGCCACCGUUCAAUCGACCUCGUGUGCUGAUGCUGAGACCUCCAUUUGACUUGAUUUUGGCUGAACCGGCGUUCCCAAGAUGCAAGCCCGCUCCAGACGAUUCUGCAUUAACCCAAGCUCUUCUAAAGAGACACGCAGAGCUGUGCCCAACACCCGCAGAGCAGUCCGCAGUUCUGAGUCUAGUCACAAAACUGCAAACCGUGCUGGACAACCUCGUUGUCGCUCCCGGAGACUUUGCAGCAUGCCAACUGGAGGAGGUUCGCCAAGUCGGUUCGUACAAGAAAGGGACGAUGAUGGCUGGGAAGAAUGUGGCUGAUAUCGUCGUCAUAAUGAAGACCCUGCCCACUAAGGAAGCUGUCGAGGGCUUGUCAAAUAAGGUCAACGAAGAGCUGAACAAAUUGAUGCGUGCUGAGACCCCGAGCACGUCGGUGACCAGCGCGUGCCACGAGCGAGGGUUCACGGUGACAGGGCCCAGCGCCGCCGUCAGGGUUCUGGUCACAACGCUGCAUCAGAAUCUGAGGAAAUUGGAGCCGGAGGUCCACCUCGACUACAAAGUGAUAAGCAGCCACCUGGCCGCCAUCCGCCACAGUCGCUGGUUCGAGGAGAAUGCUCAUCAUUCUUCUAUCAAGGUCCUUAUCCGUCUGCUCCGUGACAUGUGCGCGCGUCACUCGGGUCUCGAACCCCUGACCCCGUGGAUGAUUGACCUGUUAGCUCACCACUGCAUCAUGAACAACCCUGCUAGACAAGCUCUGCCUAUUAAUGUGGCUUUCAGACGCGCGCUGUCCCUGCUGGCGGGCGGGCUGUUCCUGCCGGGCUGCGCGGGGCUGGCCGACCCGUGCGAGGCGGCGCACGCCCGCGCCCACACCGCGCUCGACCUCGCCGCACAGGACCUCGCCGCCGCCACCGCGCAGACAUUACUCCGAGUAGUGGCUCGCGGUGGUCACCGCUACGUACUAGGACUCCAAGCGUUCGAAGGUGGCAAAGACAUAUCGACUGAGAUCACAGUGUGGGACGGCGUGGUCGUGUCCCCUCUCGCGCCGGCCUACCAGGAGACGCCGGAACCGAUGGAUACUGAUGAUAAAGAGGACGACGUUCCGGACGGCGUAGCAGCUUAG